AUGGAUGUUGACCCUGCUCCUAACGGAAUGAUCACGGAAGCGGAUAUGAUGGAGGCUGCCGAGUAUCUGCGCGAGCACAACGAACCAUGCCGGUCCGAUUCCGAUUAUCCCAAUAGCCAAUUGGCUAUGGACGUGGGAGAUGCCAUCACGACGUCCUUGGAACGGCUUGACCAGCACAACCCCAGCGGACCGUUCGGACACAACCAUGGCAUUUUAGACGCCUCUAUUCAGCAAGCUAUAGAAAGGAUGAGGCAAGGUGGGAAUGGUGUAUGCAAUCUGAUUGACGGAUGCGGUUCGGAGUUUGGCGAGUUUCAGCGACGCAAGAGGGCCCAAGACGGGCCCAAGAAGGAACUGGGAUCUUUCUGUCGCAAACUCAAAGAGACAAUCGCCAAGCCUGCUGUCCAUCUUUGCGAAAACGAUACUUUCAAUCCGCCGUGUACUACUGUUAAGAGCUCGGCCGGGCAGUGCGUCUCUGUGCCCACCUCGUUGAAAGGCAAGGUGUCUUCGGUACGGCCAAAUGAAGCUGCCGGUACCUGUCGCUUCUAUAAUAAGCCUGGCUGCAAGGACGGCGAGGGCGGUCACUUCGAUGUCUCUUACCCAGGCGCUGAUGUCUCCAAGGGCGAGUGGCCAAGGCCCAAAGACUUCAAUGAUAAGAUCGCUUCCUUCCGCUGCGACGCGGCGAAAGAGUCGAACACGCCUGAACAAUGGGAAUGGUCGCCUAAGUCUCAGCCGCAGCUCUGCUCUCAUUUCGAUCACUUGAACCUUGGUUUCCAGUUCUCGGACAGUAGUGGCGCCGGAACCUGGGAUACCAUUAAGCUCGACUUCCCGAAUGCGGCUUCAAAAAAACACGUCAUCGCAAACGGUCCAGCCGCUGGAUUUCAUGAGUGGCAGCCCAUCAAUAUGCAGAAUGUGUUUGGGUCGGAUUUAGUCGAGGUCCGCCGUAUGUCAAAGAUCCGCCUUGCCACCGAGAUAAAUCAAGCAGUCCUUGAUUUCAAGGAGGCAGAUGAGUGGAGCCUUAUAGGCCUAAAACUGACAGCACGAUGCGCUAAGUCUGGUAUAUGGGUUGACAUGGACAAAUUCGCCUCGAUGAAUAGGCUGAUGCAGGCUAAGCCUACUGACAGUGGCAGGUACCGAUAUCAUAGGGAUUGGGAAGUCUGGGCCGACGAUAUCAAAUCCGAAGACUGGGUUCCGAGGCCCCCAUGCAGCCAUUUCCAGCAGAUGGACGUUCGUGUGGAGAUGGCUGAUGAGAGCUGGGCCGGAACCAACAACGAUCUCUAUAUCUAUGCCGGCAAUGGCCGUUUCCAGAUCGCUCAUCAACCCUCUCGCCGCCAAAGCUACAUCUCCAACGUCAACCUCGAGGUCGCCUAUAGGUCGUCGGCUGUUCCUGUGGCCGAUAUUAAGCGCAUCUCGAUCAAGAGUGAAGGAGGGUCUUGGGAUAAGGCGUUGGCUUCGAAUAUUAGCGUCCAUGCACGCUGCGCCAGCUCGCUCACUGGUGUUCAUGUCGAUUAUGAAGUGAAGGACUGGCUCGCUGACGGCCAGCAAUGGAACCUCGAUUUGACUCCUAGAAAUUGGACCAGGAACAACUAA